AGCUUUCACACGGAUGUCAUUUGUGAGGAACGCCUGUGAGGACACAUCUUUUAGGACAGUCAUUUGAGUUUGUGUUUGUUACACUCCAAGUUCCAGGAUGAAGUACGUGCUGUUGGGAAUUGUCGCAGUGAUCGGACUCUUCGCUUUCGCGGAGUCUCUGACCUGUAAUACAUGUCCAGUGGGUCUGGUUGGAAUCUGCCUGAGGCCCUCCACCACUACCUGUGGCACCAACACAUCUGUGUGCACCACAUCAAAAGCCAGUUUCAGCAUCUCUGGCUUCCUGGGUUUUAGCUCUCUGAACUGCUUGGAGUCGGCUCAGUGUAAUGCCACUGUUAGUGGUACCAUCCUGGGUGCGACAUACACCAUCGCCCAGACCUGCUGUAACGCAGACCAAUGCAACACCCUCCAGAGUGGUGCCUCCUACGUCCAAGUCUCCAUCACUGCAGUUCUGAGCACUGCCCUGCUAGCCUGUGUCUGGGGCCAGUCUGUCUACUGACUGCUGUAAUCUGACUCAUUCAUAAUCUCAUUACUCUUACUGUGAUAACAUGGCUGUUUCAAACAAUUAACACUCAAAAAUAAUUUUUGAGUUAAUUUUACCACUGUGUUACAAUAAUCUUAAGAUAAUAAAUCCACUUUUACAAUGUGAAAAUAACGGGUUGCUAAUCUACGGCCAAAAACAAUGGAAGGAAUUUUUUUAAAUCAAACAAUAGAAAAAGAAAACAUUUUCUAUUGACUUUGUAGAGUUUACAUUCAAAUAUUUUAAAGAUCUUUCUGAAUAGAAAAUACUAUGAUGAGGUGAAUAAAUAUAAUUUAAAACUCACCACUGAAGUAUGAAAGCUGUGCUUUAAACAUGAUUGUUUCUUUGUAAUGUUAAAUAAUGUGUAUAAUGGGGAAAAUGUAUUAGCUAUAUUACCACAUUUCUGCCAUUUUCAAUAUUUCACACUGUUCCAUUAAAAUGUGUAUUAAAAACUAA